AUGUACCAGAACCGCAACAGAAUGUCCUGGUUCAGUGGAUUCCUAGUUGCCAGAGUUGACGAUCGGAAAACAGCGUGGGGGGAGCGCAAUGGCAAGAAGUCCAAACGGAAGGGAGCCUCAUCUCUCUGCAACCCGCGUUACAUGAGCUGCCUGCGGGACCCCGAUGCCAUGGAGCCCCCUUCUACCGCCCCCCUCCACCACCACCACCACCACCAGCGGGGAGGGGGCAACUUCGGCGUGCGCUGCGUCUGGCAAGAGGACCACUACGGCAAGCGACCCGGCGAAGGCGUGGGUCUCAAAUCGGUCGACUUGGGCUUUGAAGACGGCGACUUGAAAGGGCGGAAAAGCGGCGAGACGGGGGAGGACGGCGGCGGGAUCGUCACGGCGGCGGACUGCUGGUUGCGAGUGGUGCGCGUUUUCCAGUCCAAAAAGUUCCAGUCGCGGAAACUGGAGCGGCUUUACCAGCGUUACUUCUUCAGACUGAACCAGAGUUCGCUGACGAUGCUCAUGGGAGUGUUGGUGAUCGUGUGCGGGAUCAUGCUAACCUUCCACUGUGUGCACGCCGCGCCGCACGUGGCCUAUUCGUCGGUGUUGUCCGUGGCGAUGGCGCUCUUCUUGGCUCUCAUGAUCGUGUGCAACCGCAACGGGUUCCACCAGGACUACAUGUGGAUGGUCAGUUACCUGGUCAUCGGCGUCUUGCUGCUGGUGCAGGUGUUCGGCGUGCUCAUGGUGGCGCCGCGCAGUGCCUCGGAAGGCAUUUGGUGGUCGGUGUUUUUCAUCUACAUAAUCUACACGCUGCUGCCGGUGCGCAUGCGAGCGGCCGUGCUCAGCGGAGUCCUGCUGUCCGUCAUCCACGUGGUCAGCACCUGGCACAUAAAUCAGGAAGACACGUUCCUCUGGAAACAGGUGAGCGCUAACGUCCUGAUCUUCCUGUGCACAAACAUCAUUGGGAUCUGCACUCACUACCCCGCAGAAGUGUCCCAGCGCCAGGCCUUCCAGGAGACCAGGGGCUACAUCCAGGCGCGGCUACAUCUGCAGAGGGAGAACCAACAACAGGAACGGCUGCUGCUCUCCGUGUUGCCUAGGCACGUCGCCAUGGAGAUGAAGGCUGACAUCAAUGCCAAGAAGGAAGACAUGAUGUUCCAUAAGAUCUAUAUCCAGAAACACGACAACGUCAGUAUUCUGUUUGCCGACAUCGAGGGCUUCACCAGUCUGGCCUCUCAGUGCACGGCUCAGGAGCUCGUCAUGACGCUCAACGAACUCUUUGCUCGAUUCGACAAACUGGCAUCGGAGAACCACUGUCUGCGUAUUAAAAUCUUGGGGGAUUGUUACUACUGUGUGUCUGGGUUACCGGAGCCGCGAGCCGAUCACGCUCACUGCUGCGUAGAGAUGGGCGUGGACAUGAUAGAGGCCAUCUCGCUUGUCCGUGAGGUGACCGGGGUGAACGUGAACAUGCGGGUGGGCAUCCACAGCGGCCGGGUGCACUGCGGGGUCCUGGGGCUGCGGAAGUGGCAGUUUGACGUCUGGUCCAACGACGUCACUCUAGCCAAUCACAUGGAGGCGGGAGGCAAAGCAGGGCGCAUCCACAUCACCAAAGCCACGCUGCAGUACUUGAACGGGGAUUACGAGGUGGAGCCGGGCUUCGGAGGAGAGAGAAACGCCUACCUGAAGGAGAACAGCAUCGAGACCUUCUUAGUCCUCGGCUGCAGCCAGAAACGGAAGGAGGAGAAGGCGAUGAUGGCAAAGAUGCAGCGGACGAGAGCCAACUCCAACGAGGGUCUGAUGCCACGCUGGGUCCCGGACCGGACUUUCUCUAGGACUAAAGACUCCAAAGUCUUCAGACAAAUGGGAAUCGAUGAGACUUCCAGUAAAGACAACCGUGGGGCCCAGGAGACCAUGAACCCGGAGGAUGAGGUGGAUGAGUUUUUGGGACGGGCCAUCGACGCUCGCAGCAUCGACCAGCUCCGGAAAGACCACGUCAAGAAGUUUCUGCUCACCUUCCAGACCUCCUCUCUAGAGAAAAAGUAUUCCAAAAAAGUGGACGAUCGUUUUGGCGGCUACGUGGCCUGCACUCUGCUAGUAUUCUGCUUCAUAUCCUUCAUUCAAAUAGUCAUAUUCCCACACACUCCCGUCAUGUUGGGGAUCUACAUCAGCAUCUUCAUCGUCCUCGUCAACAUCCUCUUCAUCUGUGCCAUAUACUCCUGCAUUAAGCUCUUUCCGUCCCCGAUGCAGACAGUUUCCAAGAAGAUUGUCCAGUCGCGCACCAACAGCACCCUGGUGGGCGUUUUCAGCAUCCUCCUCGUCUUCAUAUCCGCCUUUGUCAAUAUGUUCGCCUGUGACACCAGAAGCUUGACGGAGUGUGUGGCCGAGAGCCUGAACUACUCCGUGUUGGUGACGCCGUGUCUGAUCCGGACCCUGAAUGUGUCUGCAGAGGGCGGUCUGGAGAUCUGUCCCAACCAGGGCCCCUCCUGCCCCUUCCCUGAGUACUUCAGCUACAGCGUGCUCCUCACGCUCCUGGCCUGCUCCGUCUUCCUUCAGAUCAGCAGUAUUGGAAAGUUGGCUCUGAUGCUGCUCAUCCAGCUCACAUUCCUGCUGCUCAUGGAGUGGCCACAGGUGGCGCUGUUUGACAACGCAGACCUCUUUGUCACCUCCAAUGCCAUUGAUUUAAAUGAAACUUAUUCUCAGUGGCUCAGUUUCAAUGAAACUACAUCCCAAUGCCCGUAUGUUGUGACCAAAGUGUCGUUGAGGGUCAUGACCCCGGUGAUCCUCACGGUGUUCGUGUUGGCGCUGUACCUGCACGCGCAGCAGGUGGAGUCCACGGCCAGACUGGACUUCCUCUGGAAACUGCAGGCGACAGAGGAGAAGGAGGAGAUGGAGGAGCUUCAGGCCUACAACCGGCGGCUGCUCCACAACAUCCUGCCUAAAGACGUAGCGGCACACUUCCUAGCCCGCGAGCGCAGGAACGAUGAGCUGUAUUAUCAGUCCUGCGAGUGUGUGGCCGUCAUGUUCGCCUCCAUCAGUAACUUCUCAGAGUUCUACGUGGAGCUGGAAGCCAAUAACGAGGGAGUGGAGUGUCUGCGGCUGCUCAACGAGAUCAUUGCAGAUUUCGAUGAGAUCAUCAGCGAGGAGAAGUACCGUCAGCUGGAGAAGAUCAAGACCAUCGGCUCCACGUACAUGGCGGCCUCUGGGCUGAACGACUCCACGUACGACAAAGAGGGUCGCAGCCACAUCACCGCUCUGGCCGACUACGCCAUGAGGCUGAGGGAGCAGAUGAAGUACAUCAACGAGCACUCCUUCAACAACUUCCAGAUGAAGAUCGGUCUGAACAUUGGGCCUGUUGUAGCUGGAGUCAUCGGUGCUCGUAAACCUCAGUACGACAUUUGGGGAAACACAGUGAAUGUGGCGAGUCGCAUGGACAGCACAGGAGUCCCCGACCGCAUUCAGGUGACCACAGACUUGUACCAGGUGCUGUCGAGCAAAGGCUACGUCCACGAGUGCCGAGGCGUGGUGAAGGUCAAAGGCAAAGGGGAGAUGACCACCUACUUCCUGAACGACGGCCCUCCGCACAGUUAG